GCGAAGGCUAACGAGAGGCGAUACUUGGAGUACACUCUCGUCACGAUGUUGCUUUUGGGAUUGCUGAUACUUUUGGUAACAAGAGACGUUUCUAGCGCGGGAGCCCCCCACCACCCUAGCGGCGGCUCUAACACACAUGGCACUGGAACGGGUUCUACCGGAACUGACCACGCAACAGGCGGUACUGGAUCAACUGGCACGGACCAUGCUGUUGGGACCGGGACUCAUGUCACUGGCCAUAGCACCAGUGUAACGGACGCGGCGAUUUUCAAUACGGCAAAUCUGUGCGGCGAGUUGGCGUCCAUCAACUGCAAUGGAACUGGAACCCCUGUGUGUGGCUCGGACGGACGCACGUACGAGAACCACUGCUUUCUUGUACAGUCUGCCUGUCUCACUGGCCAGACACUGGAUAUCGUCACAAACGGAAGCUGUGAUUCAACCACUUUGCAUUCUACAACAGCUACUACUGGUGCCCCAAUUGUGACGUUCGCGGUCACGACCGACGCUACGCCGAAAACCACCGUCAUAAUGACAACGAGUACGGCGUCACCUCCGCCUUCGACGACGGACUACGUGGACCCAAUGGCCAGUAUAAUACAGAGUGUGUUCUGCUCAAACGCGGCGGCCGUUUCAUGUCAGUUCAGCGGCCUAGUUAUUAUUUGUGGAAGUAACGGACUGCUCUAUCCUAACCAGUGUGAGCUGACAAAGGCAAAGUGCUUUGACAACAGCUUGACCAUUAUGUCGGACCUCACUACAUGUCCUGUGCCAGGGCGCUGACAAUUUCUACAUCUUGUGAAACUUUGUGUUGUUUGUGCUCAGUGUAAUAAUACUUGGGUAUAUUAUUAGAAUACCAACACAGAGUCA